AUGUCUCGGUUUAAUGGUUAUUCCAUUUGUGAAGUUGGCAAGGAUGCAACUGGUAUUGUUGGUACUUUUUCUUUCUCUAUGUGUCAUGGAUAUUUUUAUCACAUGGAUACAGCUGGUAUUACUGAUACUUUUUCUUUCCCCAAUGUGAGAAUGUUUGGAUUAUUGCUGGCAGUUUUGGGAAUAUUUGGGAUCAUACUAGUUGGGAGUUUGAAAAUAACCUAUAGUUCCAUGCGUCGAAUGUUUGUUGGAUUCUUGAGUUGUGCUUCUCUGAUUUCAAUGUUUGCCUCUCCAUUGUUUAUAAUCAAAUUGGUCAUUCGCACGAAGAGUCUCCAGUUUAUGCCAUUUUGUCUUUCACUUUCCACAUUCGUAAUAAGCGCCUCGUUCCUUCUUUAUGAGUUGCUCAGUGAUGAUGCUUUCUUUUAUGUACCAAAUGAGAUAGGUACUAUUUUGGCAAUCAUACAAUUGGUAUUGUACUUCUAUUACAAGAGUUCAUCUAAUAAUGAAUCUAGAGACACCUUGAUGAUGUCAUGUGGAUAA